AGCGCUCCUCCCCUUCGCGGUGCAAAAGACGAAGACGACGCCUCCCCUUCGCUUCACUUUCGCCCUCCGCAGAAAAUGUCCGCGCCGGAGCUGAACUUGGCACCCAUCAAGGAGCCGUUGGGCUUCAUCAAAAUCCUGCAAUGGAUUUUCUCCAUCUUCGCAUUCGCCACCUGUGGAGGUUACAGUGGGAAAACUUCCCUUGUGGUCAACUGUCCCAAAGGCAAUAAUGAGACUAUAGAGGUAAAAUUUGCCUACCCUUUCAGGUUGAACACGGCUUCGAUCGGCCCUCCAGACAUCCAAAAAUGCAAUGUCUCCUGGACGCAGGCGUACGUCCUGGUGGGAAACUAUGGUUCCUCUGCCCAGUUCUUCGUCACCUUUGCGGUGUUUGUGUUCCUGUACUGCAUGGCCGCCUUGGGGCUGUACCUGUGUUACUUCCGCUUGUAUCGUGGUGCUGGUAAACUCCCACUGCUCGACUUUGCUGUCACUGUAAUCAUCUCUUUCCUGUGGCUAGUGAGCACAUCAACCUGGGCAAAAGCCCUCACGGACAUCAAAGUGGCCACUGGCCCCAACUUUGUGGAUGAACUUCUACCUUGCAAGCCAAGUCCUCAGAUAUGCACGUUUAAUGAUAUCAGAAGCAUGGGAUCCUUGAACGUCUCUGUGGUCAUCGGUUUCCUCAAUCUGAUUCUGUGGGCAGGAAACGCUUGGUUCGUCUACAAGGAAACAAGCCUCCAUACCCCUCCGGCCAACGCGUCUCCAAAUCCAACCAACCCGUCUCCUUAGGGGAUGUAAAGAGUGUGGAAAGAAACACCCUGCAUGGAGCGCAACUUCUCACCGCAGGAUGGUUGCCGCCGCAGUCCCCCCCUUCCCCUGUCCCCCCCACUCAGUUAUGCAAUUGAUGUGCGAAAAACAGAUGGGUUUUCUUUUUUGCUCUUAUACCCUGCAUGUAGGAGGAAGGAAGAGAGGUCUAGGCUCUGCCCUGUGCGCGUCCAUGAGGAUCAUUCUACUGUAUUGAAGCUUGCUCUGUGCAUUGAAAAUAAGGACAACAUGUUUCUGGAUGGGAAGCUUAACAGAGCCAGCCGUCUGCCAGCUACCAGGUUUUGGCUUUCCAGCUGGUGCCAGGUCAGCACGCGCUGCGUGACUGGGGCCGUGCCAUGCUGCUCUGCCCGAGGCGCAGCCUCAUCCUACGUAUGUUUAUCUGGAAGGAAGUCUCUCUGAGUUCAGUGGGGCUUUACUUUCCCAGUAAGCAUGCUUAGGGCUGCAGCUUUCGUCCCACCCAGACAAAUACCUUUGUCUGCCUUGCUGGCAGGAAUCGUACAUAAUGUUCACAGAUGUACACUAUUCUUAGGUUACACUACUGUCUUCCUGUCGAGGGGGUGGUCAAAAUGCCUGCUUGGUGGUAGAGUCCGUGUAAGUGGAAUUCCAGCCAACCAAACUUAGAUUGAUAACUCCAGGAAAUUGUAGGGAGGCAAAAAGCAUUGCUUUGUAUGUAACCUGCAAUGCUGGGAUCCCACAGGUGGUGCCCAUGGAUACCUGCCAGGCUCCCUGCCCCUUCUAGUUUUUUUUUUUUUAACUUUUUAGAUAUUUUUUUAGAAUUUAAAAAUUAACAGGGAGGCUGCAAAGCAAAGCGCCGGUCUCUAGCACCUUUAUUUCCCAGAAUGCCUCUGGGCCUCACAUGGGCCACAGAGACAUUCUUAGAAAAUAAAAAUGGUGGGUGGCUGCAGUCCAAUGCUUCAUUCUGAAGUGUGCCCACAUGCCCAGAAAUAAAAGGUAAAUUGGGGGGAAUUGCUAGGGAGAAUUGUGUGGGGUGAGGGGUUGGAGGGGGUGCAGGAGAGGGAGAGGAGGUGUUUUGCCUGACCGGUGUGUGUGUUUUGCCUUUGGGUGUGUGUGAAGUGUAUGGGUAUAUAUGUGUGCUACCUUGUACGUUUGUUUUUGGUGUCAUGUUGUGUUUUGCCUGGAUGUGUGUCUGUGUAUGUAUCUGUGGUGCGUGUUUUGCCUGGAUUUGUUGGGGGUUGGUUGGUCUGGUGUGAGUUUUGCCUGGGUUUUGUAUGUGGUGUGUGUGUAUAUUGCCUGGGGUUUCCUUUUGGUGUGGUAAAUGUUUUGUGUGUGAGUGUUUCUCUGAGCAUCACCAGUUUGCCUUCUGUGAAAUGGGUAUUUUGCUGCGUUUGUGGGCACAAAUAUGUGUUUUGACAUUAGAGGCUCAGACCCCACUUCUGCUUUGUAUUCAUUUUCUUGGUCAAGGUAUCUGUCAGUGAGCCUCAUCUUUGAAGUGGGUAUGAGAGCAGAAAACUGGGUUCAAAAGUGUGGUUUUGUAUUUUGAAGCUCAGGUUUUAUUUCUGCCUUGAACGUAGGUUUUUAGACGUGCUACUUUUCUUUAGUCUCAGCAGUUUUUCUUCAGGGAGAAUUAUGUUUUGUGGUUGGCCAUGCCCACCAUAGCAGCCAUUUUAUGAAUGGGCAAGCCCCCCUUUAAGGAAGCCAUUUUGUGAGAGCACCCAUGACACUGUAUCAAAAUUCCGAAUGUGCUAACUGGCCCAAAACAGUUGGGGAUUCCUGCUGUAGAGUAUGUAGAACCUGAUUAUAGCCAGAAGCUCUGGGAAGCUGCACAAAAUAUACGAUCAAACAUGGAUUCCAGCAACAUAAGUAGAAUCCUAGGAAUUCUAGCCUUGAAAUAAAAGUUUAGUUUCCUAGACUUUAUGGGUAGUGGCCGGAUAUGAGAUUUUGUGUAUGAUAAAAAGCAGUCUGUUUCGAUGGCCACAGGUCCAUGUUUCCUUUUCCCUAGCACAAGUUUUAUUUUUCUCCAUUUAGCCUUUUCCUGCAAGUUCUUCACAAACCAACUGAACUCAGAAUGUCAAAUUCCACCAACAGAAAGAAACCACCCACCAAAGAAAUAAUGCCUUAUGCAACUUGUUCAGUGGCACACAAAAAUCACACAAAUGCUGGCAGAGUUUGCAAAUUCUCAUUUGCAAAUUUCCAAACUGAGCUUUUAUGAUUAUGGAGUUUAGGGGUUGUAUGAUUAUUAUUUUUUGCAUAGCAUUUCAGAGAUCCUGAUUAUGAUGAUUCAGCUAUAAAGUUGCAACAUUAUCAUGAAAUGGUUCGUCAUCUUUGACUUGUGCAGAUGUAGUACAAUUCUGCAUAUUUGAGUUCCUGAGAAUCUGUUUUGAUUAUUCAAGAGGUCAAAAUACUAGCUAUCAUUGUUACAAAUACCAAAAAUGAAGAGGCAGUAUCUGAAAGCUCCAGACCCCUUGGAGUGGAUCUGUAUGUUACGUGGCUUUUUAUUGUGAUGUUUAAUAAUGUUCCUCAUUGCUAAAUAACCCCACACUGUGCCUUCAUUCCCUUAGACAUGAACCCUUGCUGUUCCUUUGCCAAAAUAGUCUGAAAAGAUUGUGAAAAUUGGGGUUUAGAAUAAAACAUGCAAAUUGAGCAAGUGUAUGCAAAAUAAGUACAUUUUGCAUAUAAUUCCAUUUUUUUAAUAAUUUAUUGUGAGAGCAGCCAUAAAGAAACUUGCCAGUGACUUCAGGAGAUUUCUGCUAUGAUCUCUACUCAUGCAUAGGAUCUCUUUCUCUCUCAAUCCCCCACUUUUGGCUGACGUCCUCUUUUCUAUCCCGAUUGAAGUAUUUGCGAAAGCUUUGCACUUCCUCUCUGUAAUGUCUUUUCAUCAUGUUGAUUCAGUAGGGGUUUCUUAGAAUGCUUGCUUAACUUUAAAUUUACUGUUAAUUUUACUAAGAGCAAAAGUUUAAACAAAAUCUCUUUAAAUGUAUAAUUUGCAGAUUUGUAAGAUUUACAUCUGGUAUCAGCAUCUUGUUAUCCUAUUUAUCUUCAUGUCAUGGUUACCCCUAAUUUUACACCUGGAGAAUGGAGGUUAGAGCCACAAUCCUAAACCUAAUCAUGUGAAAGUCAGUUCCAUCAACAAUGGGAAAAUUUUUACUUCUCCAGUGGCUGCAUUCAGACACAAUGAUAAGCCAGGGUUCUGGAGAAUCCAGGCUUAUCAUUUGCAGGCAGAAUACUUGUGCAUCGUGUCGGAUCGCUCCCACUGCAAGCGAGGGCAGCUAAACAAACCAUGGAUAUUCUAGCCAUGGCUUGUUUGCUGUGAUUUCCAAACUGAGAACUUUGGCCUGUCUCUUCCCAAACAAGCCAGGUUCAUAAACCCACAACAAACCAUAGCUUCUGGCUUUCUUAUCAGAAAAUGGGCUUCCAAAAUAUGACUUGCUGUUGUUUUUCUAGGAAACCACUCCAGCUAUGAAUACAUGGCUGGCAAUUAAUAUUAUAAAGCUUGUAGCUUACUAUUUUUAGUUCAAUAAUUCUAAAAGCUUUUUUAUUCCAUAUAUUAAGUCAGUGAUACUUCCUGCCUCCUCCUCUUCGGUUGUAUCCAAUAUUUGCCCUACUUGAUGUUUGACCCAUUGAAAUGAAUGGGAAUUAUGUUAGAUUCGCGCUGGAUACAAAUCUCGGUUUCCAAACAUCUUUCCCAGUGGCCAAAAUUGUGUUCUAAAAGCUGUGAGUAUAUGGUGCAAAAUACAGCAGGCUUAUGGGCUAUAUUUGAGUACCUAUAGAAUUCCUGUAGCCGACUUGAAAAGGUAAGAAUUGGAGAUGCAGCAAUGCCUACAUGAUACACCAGAUUGGAUGAUACUGAAUACUUCCCUUUCACUGACCAGUGACUCUUUAACAUACUUAUAGGUGAAACUUACAAGUAGGACUGGGUGUACUGUACAUCUUUUUUAAAAAAAGUUUUAAAAUUCCACACUAAGAAAAGCUGAAUGUUUGUGGCUCUAAUCUCUUAUUUGACUAUUCUUAUUUUGCAUAAUUCCACAUUUUUAAAUAUAAUUUUGCAUAGUUCUGGUUUUGUUAACCUCUGCUAUGAAUGGAAGCUCAGCAUGUACUCCAGAAAUCUACAUCAGCCACCCUUCUGAUUUGUGAGAUUUCAACGGGCGUGCCAGUUUCAAAUGUGUCAUUACAGUCAUAAGAGCUAGGAACUUCGUGUGUGUUUAUAAGGGAAAGCUGAGAUUCUGAAGAAUCUGGAUUUGUAUCUGGUAUCACAUUCUGUGCUCCUGUAGAACUACAACACACAUACAACCCUGCUUGUAAGACCUUGUUUUUUGGCUACACCCCCUCCCCACAUCACUUUCAUAAAUAGAUGUCCAGCUUUUGUACCUUUCCAUAAAGUCACCAGUGCCUUAAUUUAAGCACUAUCAGCCUAGAAUAAUGAAAAUUUAAGAAGAAGCCACAAGAUCCUGAUUUGAGCACAUGAUUAAUAAAUACCCAAGAACACCCACGGUUUUUGCUCUCUGUUUUUCAUAUGACUAAAAUAAUUUGACCUAACUGCUCCAAAAGGAACAUUAACCAUCUCGUGUAGGGUUGCAAGGAAGCCUUAAUGUUCUUCGAUAUUUGUGUGUUAAAACCUUAACUUACACUCAGGGUAUCUAGGAAUCUACAUGGUGCUCAAUGCUGAACAGUGGGGUAUAUGCUUUCAGAGACAGAAUCCUAAGUAUCUGAGCCUUCAUUUAAAAAACAAGUUGCUAGUCCUUAUUCUUCCUUAUGCUGCAUUGUCCUUAAGAGUUGUUUCCUACUUCGUGUAUAUAUGUGAGCAGAAUGCAUAGCUGGGUGAAAACCAGAAUGCCUUGCCUUACAGGGAGAUGCCUCUCAGAAGUCUAUGAAUCCAUUGUGUAUAUCCUGCAUCUCGCUUUGAAUAAUAGUUUUCUGCACCUCUCAGGGCUGAACAAAAGCCAUUUUGAGGCUGUCUUCAACCCAUACAACCUCUUCAUUCUUCCAUGGCUUGGAAUGACAGUGCCAGCAGUGAAUCUACAGGCUGGGAACAGGAAGCAAAGUUUUCCCCUAGACUAGCAAACAUGCCUGGCCUGUCACCAUUUAUAGGAGUCAGGCCUUAUCACAUGACCUGCCCUGGCCUAUCCCUGGUCUGAGUAGUUACUUUGCAGUUGCCUUCUUUGGCCAGAUCUUGGUGGUGGUGUAGAGACUGAAUACUCCUUAUAGUCCCUCAAGCUCCAUGUUCAGGCCUUGCUACGUGUGGCAAACAAGUUAGGAGAAAUUGGUCCCUACCAACACAAGUCACUUGUCUAGGUCCAAUAAGCCACGGCUGGGGGAACUUGUGGUGGUGUUGUAUCCCAACUCCCAUCAGUGCCAGCUGGCAUGGCCAAUGGUUAGGAACAAUGGGAGUUGGGAGUCCAACAACAUUUGUCAGGCCACAGCCUCUCCACCCCCACCAUAAACUGGAUUUUCUCAAAGGCUGGAUUGAAAGUUUUCAAAUGGAAGCAUUUGGCCUAAAUUUGGGGGCAUAAUGAAAGGGAGAGGGCAUAAUUGCUUCCCCUCUUUAGCAUUACAAAGGGCGGGAGAAAAUUUAGAAGGUGCUCAUGAAGAACACAUUGUUGGUGUUCCCUUGGCUGUUCUGUUUUUUCCAGGGGCCAAUUUGCCCCUAAAUGUCGCUAUAUUGAUAUAACAUCAUUCAGGGGGAUUAUGGGGAUUUCAAAAUGGCAGCCAGCAGAACAGAGGAGCUGGGAGGUGUGAUCAUGAGUUUUACACCCCCUCAGUUGUCCCUCCCAUGCCCACCCCUACUUUUGCCACCACUAUAUUGGAAAAACAAAUGGUCUCUCCCCCCCACAACGCCCUCUAACGAUGGCUGUAUGGAUAGAGUCUGUGAAGUGGUUGUGUAAAUGCCCCCUCAAUCUGGCUUGAGCUCUUGUAAAGCUGUUUAAACACUGGAUGCACUUAAAACCUGAUUUAACUAUGCAAAUAUGUGCAAAAAGCCAUUUCAGCUUUCUAAGUAAUGCUAAAAAGAAGAAUAUUUUGAUGGAGGGUGGGGGGAUGCUGAAAUGAAAUAUAGCUUAACUUUUUAACCCUGCUCUUCUAUCUUGGGGACAUGAUAUAAUUCCUCAACAGUUGUUUUUACCACUUGAUAUUAAUUCUCUCCUAAAUCACCCCAGAUGUAAAUAGCUCAAAGAAAUGCACAUUGUAUUUUCUCUUGUAAAGAAAGCUGGCAGUGCCUUAUCUAAAUGAUUGGUAGGGAGUUCUGUAUGUUACUUGACUAUGGAACUGUAUUCCUGAUCAAUGGCGCUCAUUUGGAAUUAAAAUUGUGAUACCAUCUUUUGCUUUCUGCUAACCCUAAUGCUGAGAUCUUAUUGAUAUAGAGCGGGAUAUAAAUGUUUUAAAUAAAUAAAUAAAUAAAUUUAUCAGAAAUGGAGAUGGAGGCCAACUGCAUUCAUUAUGAAAAGGCACACAUUGUUCCCCCCCCCCGUCUUAUCAGAAUUGUUCAAGAAACGUGUAUGUGUUCUGUACACAACCAGUGUAAUAAAAAAUAUUUGCUCACUGAAUGUA